AUGGAUCGAAUGGUGCAUUUACUCCAAGAAGAAGACGACAUGCGCUCAAGGCACACCGAUCCAAACUGGUCCCGACCAAGGCAGGACAUUGGGAAAGAUGGCAGACCAAUUUGGCCGGACAAUAUCGAAGCUGCCUUUCAAGACGCCCUUGUACACAUCAAGCCCAUGGGUCGAAAGAAAUGUUCACAACGAGGAAAACCUUAUGGGCGUAACAUGCUCAUUGCCGAGUGGAUAUACCGCGCAACAGGCCAGAAACGGGAGCGUAAACAAGUCUCCAGCCACAUACAGGUCCUUGACAGAUUUCUUCAAGGCAUUCCAGAAUGGGAUCGGUUGAUCAAGCCUGGUGAUGACGACGACACGAACCCAGCAGAAGGUCACAAGUUUUAUCACAACUCUAUUGAGCACAUGGUCAACGAGCAAAAGGCAAGAAGCAAGGCCGGUGAUGCUCUGUGGGAGGAUGAGCUCGAGGGCCACGCCGACUCAUUUGUCUCUGGGACCGUACAAAGCGACAUGACCAUCGCACCACGCGUCGAACGGCUGGAUUUUGAAAUGUGGGUGAGCUCGCCCGUCAACCACGAGACUGCCUUGCACUACUAUACCGGGCAGAAACCCACGAAAUUACUGUCCUUCCCCCUGGAGGAACUGGCCGAGUGGCGAACAUCAUUCCCACACCUCAAAUCCCUAGUUGAUCAUGGAAAGCGCCUGGAUAACUGCGACCUCAUCCUCCUCAAUGCAAGCUUCAAGCUGAUGGAGGAUUUCCCACCCCGACACUCCAAGCUUGGCAUCUGUUUUGAACUCAAGUAUCCAGAUCUGCUCUGGAAAGUGUCCCAACAGGACGCCAGACUCAUCAAAUGGUUCUGCGUCACCUACAUGUACCGUGAAGGAGUGCUCAUCACGGAGCCUACCCGCGAGGAAUGCCAGACUCAGGGCCACUGCCGGAUCCAGCCGUUCUUCCAGUCGAAAUGGUGGGCGUCGACCUUCACCUCUCUCACCGAGGCGAGAAAAGUUGCCGAAGAUUCCAGGGACCCAGAAGCCGUCGACCUCGCCACUAGCCAGUCUCGCGACUUCUUCCGCGGCCUGUCGAUCAUGCAAGAAAUAUACAUGGUGCGUUCACCCCACAGUAGCGACUUUGACGAUACCUUGAGGCGGGAGACACGGAAGAGGACCGCGAUCCUGCUGUGGCAGUUUUCGCAAGCGCCCACGGACAGCGUCGGAUCGACGACAUGGCAGACGCUGAUCCCCCCACCAGAUCGUCUGGCGACCAACAGCCCAUUCCCGCACGGCGUGGAGAUGAGCCUGCCGCCGCUCUCAAUGGAUUCUAUCGUCGACUGUUCCCCUGGCAUCAACUCGUUCGAGAACACCCAGCAGUUCCAGCCGGAACACGGCAUGGCGUACGACCUGUAUCCCAACACCAUGGACGAAGAACUAUGCCAGGACGGGUUCAUGACUUUGAAGCAAGAAAGCCCCCUCCACGACUUUAGCCACUUGCCGUCAUCAUUCGACAUCGGUGCGAGCCAUGACUUUUCCUCCCUCGAGGCCUCGAUCCACGAUACCUUCGAUCUCCCCGGGCACACUGGUCUGUCGCCGUGGUCACCGCAGAUCGACGAGCAGGACGAGGUCCUGCGCCACGCCUUACUCGCCGCGUCGGGCGUCGACCUCGACACUGGAGCGCUUCCGACACAUCAUCCAUCACCCACGGCGCGUGCCCACGAGGAAUACAUCGCUCCGGACGGUCACCAGAGACACGCUGGCGUGGAGGGUCAUUUUGUCUAG